AUGUCACUCUUACCGCCACCACGACCGAUCAAGCGACUUCUGAUCGCUAACAGAGGAGAAAUUGCCGUUCGAAUUAUUCAUGCUGUGCGGGAAUUGUCGUCUUCUAUUGAGAUAUUCGCUCUGUAUACAUCGGAUGAUCGCUCCCAUUGCGAUAUAGGUCGACCACAUCAUGCACUAGAGAUUCCGGCGCCUGCAGCCUACCUAGAUAUUUCUCUUCUGGUAGGACUAGCACAGAAACAUUCCAUCGAUGCUGUACAUCCUGGAUAUGGCUUUCUUAGUGAAAGUUCCGACUUUGCUCAUCGCAUGUGGCAGGAUGCUGGGGCAAGCGUCAUUGGACCAGGCUGGGAGGUUCUGGCACGUACAGGGGACAAGCUCCAAGCAAAGCAGCUCGCGGAGCAAUGCAAUGUACCGGUACUCAAGGCGAUGACCCAUCCAACAGACAGAAUCGCCGAUAUCAGAGCCUUCGCACAGCAAGUUGAUUACCCUGUCAUGAUCAAGGCUGUUGAUGGAGGAGGUGGUCGAGGCAUUCGGUUGGUGCGCGAUGACGGCGAGCUCGAAAGCUCCGUUGACCGUGCAAUUGGAGAAUCUCCUUCUCAUACUGUAUUUGUGGAGAAAGCAGCUGUUGAUGGAUUUCAUCAUAUCGAAGUCCAGGUGGUGGGCGAUGGAACUGGUCAGGUCAGACAUCUUUGGGAGAGAGACUGCAGUGCGCAGCGCCGGUUUCAGAAGAUCGUCGAGUGUGCACCAGCUUUGACGAGUGACAGGAAUCUUGUUGGAAAGGUGAUCGAGUCUGCAUUGAGAAUGGCGAGCACCAUCCGCUAUCGAUCUCUCGGAACGUUCGAGUUCCUUGUUAACGCAGAACGAUCAGAGUUCUACUUUCUCGAGAUCAACCCACGCCUCCAGGUGGAACAUACCAUUACCGAAUCCAUCACAGGCAUAGACUUGGUGCAGACGCAACUCCUGCUGGCCCAGGGGUGCUCUCUGCAACAGCUAGAUCUAUAUGAAGCCAAAUCAGAUGACUCUCCUCCGACAAGAUUAAGCUCUAUCCAGCUCAGAUUAUGUGCAGAGGAUCCAAACAACAAAUUUUCUCUGGGUAUUGGCAAAGUAACCGAAUUCUCAGUACCAAGCGGAAAUGGAAUCCGAGUAGACACCAAUGUCGAUGUUUCGGGCUCGUCUCAAGUUAUCGUGGGCUCGAAUUUUGAUAACCUGCUAGCAAAGAUCAUCGUCACGGCAUCAAGCUGGGAGGCAACUGUCCGAAAAGCGCAGCGUGUUUUGGCGGACUCGAGGAUAUCUGGCGUAAAGACCAACAUCAACCUCCUGCGGGGAAUCGUUGCCCACGAAGACCUUUUAUCCGGCAAAGUUGACACUCAAUGGCUGGGUGCAAGGCUUGAUCAAAUUCUCAGCCUGGGUAAUACGAUAUCAGCAUCCAUCAAAAGUAACGAAACACCCAGCACCAACCAGUCAAUAUCGCAAACUUCCAUGCCAUCGUCAAAUCUUCUAUUUCGGAAAGGAGAUGCGUGGUCAGUCACCCUCGAGCCAAUGCAGGAUUCUUCUCAGAAACAGCAACAUCACUUACAAUUAUCUCGCGUUCUGCGUAACGAAUUCCCCUCCUCUCUCACUGCAGAAAUCGAAUACACCACCCCAUCAUCUAAAUCGGCCGUUCCCUAUCGACUGCGGCUGGAUGCCACUUCGACUUCUGCAUCAGCUCUGGUAUCUUCGUCCCAUCGACGGGGCGAUUCCAGUAAUCCCAGGCAUAUUGUACUACCCUUGUCCGGAAAGCUGAUUGAGGUGCUGGUGUCGGAAGGAGACCGCAUCGCAGAGAACCAAGUGUUGGCGUUUGUGAAACAGAUGAAGAUGGAAUUGGAAGUUAGAAGUCCACGGGCAGGGAAGGCCAAAUGGGCUUUUGAGAUGGAGGAUGAAGAAGAGGAUGUGGCAGAGGGGAUGUUGUUGGUGGAGUUGGAGGAGGACAAGGGCAAGGUGGAGGUGAGGGGGAAGCUGUAGCAGUCAUUCACAGUGCUAGUCACCAACUGGCAUCUGGAAUAUCAUGAUGAACAUAGUGGCAAUUCCACAAGUAUGUAUCACUAUAUGUCCUGGAUUAAUUAUAAAAUAAAC